AUGUCCACGAUUGUCGUUGUAGGCGCCGGCGUGAGCGGCCUCACUUGCGCCCUCCAGCUAGCCAAGCAGGGAGGAAACACCAUCACCGUAGUAGCCAAGCACAUGCCGGGCGACUAUGACGCGGAGUACACCUCCCCCUUCGCGGGCGCCAACGUGCUGCCCAUGGCCCUCGAAUACAACCGGUGGGAAGGCGAAACGUGGCCCGUUUUGAAAAAACUCGCCGAGACUGUGCCAGAAGCCGGCAUCCACUUCCAGACCUCCAUCCUCUACCGCCGCGCCAAAGACGAAGCCGCCGGCGGCAGCUUAGCCGGCCCGCUCUCGGAAGGCCUCUUUGUGCGCAACCCGUGGUUCAAAGACCUGAUGCCCGACUACGUCGACCUCCCCGCCUCCGAGUUGCCCGAGGGCAUGUCCUCGGGCUCCUCUUUCACCUCGGUCUGCAUCAACACGGCCAUCUACCUCCCCUGGCUCGUCGGCCAGUGCCGCGCGCGCGGCGUGGUGUUCAAGCGGGCCGUGCUCAAGCACAUCUCGGACGCGGCUUCGCUGAGCCACAUCACGGGUCGCAAGCCGGAUAUCAUCAUCAACGCCACGGGCUUGCUUUCCUGCCGCUUGGGGGGCGUGAUGGACAAGAAAGUCAUGCCCGCGCGCGGGCAGGUGGUGGUAGUCCGCAACGAGGCGGCGGGGAACAUGGUGUCCACGAGCGGCACGGAUGAUGGGAAUGAUGAUGAGUUGUGCUACAUCAUGCAGCGGGCGGCAGGCGGAGGGACGGUGUUGGGUGGGACGUACAUGAAGGGCAACUGGGACGGCGUGCCGGAUCCGAACAUUGCGACGAGGAUCAUGAAGCGCGCCGUGGAGGCGUGUCCGGCGUUGACGGGCGGGAAGGGCAUCGAGGCGCUGGAUGUGAUUAGGCAUGCGGUGGGCCUGAGGCCGUAUAGGGAGGGCGGCGUGAGGAUCGAGAAGGAGAAGAUUGAUGGGACGUGGGUGGUGCAUAAUUAUGGACAUGGCGGGUGGGGGUAUCAGGGUAGCUGGGGGUGUGCGUUUAGGGUGCAGGAGUUGGUGGACGAGAUUAAGAGUGAGUUGAAGGUUGGCUCUAAGCUCUAG